CAGUCAGGCUAUAUAUUUGCUUAAAGCCUCUUCUAGAAUCCAUCUCUCUCUCUCUCUCUCUCUCUCUCUUUCUCUCUUUCUCUAUCUCUGAAAGUCUCAUGGACAGAACCAAGAGUAUACCAUUACAGGCCCCAACUUACGGAAACUUAAUAACGAUUCUCAGCAUUGAUGGGGGUGGAAUAAGAGGACUUAUCCCAGGAACCAUUCUUGGUUACCUUGAAUCUGAGCUUCAGAAGUUGGAUGGUGAGGAUGCAAGAAUCGCCGACUAUUUUGAUGUGAUUGCAGGAACAAGCACCGGUGGUCUUGUGACUGCAAUGCUUGCUACCCCAGAUGACAACAACCGCCCUGUGUUUGCUGCCAAGGAUAUUAAGGAUUUCUACCUCACUCACUGCCCCAAAAUAUUCCCCCAGAAACAUUGUCCGUUGUUUCCGAAAAUGACAAAGAUUAUCAAAGCCCUAUCAGGGCCAAAAUAUGAUGGGAAGUAUCUGCAUGACUUGGUUGGGCAGAAACUUGGUUCUAAAAAACUGCAUCAGACAUUGACUAAUGUUGUCAUUCCCACAUUUGACAUAAAACAGCUCCAGCCAACUAUAUUUUCCAGCUAUGAGGUGAAAAGUAAACCAUCAUUUGAUGCUUUACUCUCAGACAUAUGCAUUGCAACCUCAGCUGCACCUACUUAUCUACCAGCACACUAUUUUGAAACAAUUGACCCAGAAGGGAAUGUAAAAGACUUUAACCUUAUAGAUGGCGGUGUGGCUGCGAAUAAUCCGACUUUACUUGCAAUUGGUGAAGUGACAAAGACAAUAAUAAGCGGGAGUGAAGAUUUCUUCCCUAUAAAGCCCAUGGACUAUGGGCGAUUUCUAGUGAUAUCUCUAGGAACUGGCUCGCCAAAAGCUGAGUUCAAAUACCGUGCGCAUUCUGCAGCCAAGUGGGGUUUAUUAGAUUGGUUAACCAGCGGUGGUGGAACCCCAAUAAUUGAUGUUUUCAGUCAAUCAAGUUCUGAUAUGGUCGAUUAUCAUCUUUCUGUGGUUUUCCAAGCCCUUCAUUCGGAGAAUAAUUACCUUCGAAUUCAGGAUGACACAUUAACUGGACAAGUAUCUUCUGUGGACAUAGCCGAUAAGAAGAAUUUGGAUGAUCUUCUCAAAGUGGGUGAAGGCCUGUUGAAAAAACCAGUUUCUAGGGUUAAUUUGGAGACUGGCAGGGUCGAGCCUUCAAAACACGAGUCCAAUGAAGAGGCUCUCACUAGGUUUGCAAAAUUAUUAUCCGAAGAGAAGUGGCUUCGCCUAGCAAAGUCGCCUGUUGGACAUGCCGCAAGGCCUAAUUAAACAAUGACCAGACUAGCCAAGAUUCUUUCGUUUUUGAUUUUUUUUUUUUUUGAUAAAAAUCAUAACUCUUUUGUUUUGGUAAUUAAUUUGAAUGAUAAUUACAUUGUUGUAAUAAAAGUUGGGGGUAAAUGAUCCAUCAUACUGUUUAUUGUGAGCUGUUUUAGAAAUAAGCCUUUUCUUAAAUUGUGUAUUCACUUAAUCUAGAAUAUUGACAAGUGUAAGGCAAAAUGAUGUAAGGCUAUGAAUGCCAUUGUGAGAAUCCUAGGUUAUGAUCGAAUGAGUGGCUGAGAUCAUUUGGUUGUAAUUGUGAAAAUUCCAGCUGUGUAACUAACUGGGAUACUGAGCAUAUAUUGUUGCAGCCUCAUGUUUUCAGUGUGAAUGAAACGUAAAAAUUCCUCUGCUAAUUUGCAGAGAAGAGAAUAUCAAAAUCAGACUUUUGCAAACCA